AUGCCGGUUUUAAUCCCGAAAACAGGCACCUCCGUUAGUCCAAAGAGUUCUGUGGCGUUACCUCUGUCUGAUAGGGCUCAAGGUCAUCGAUGGCAGUCAGUGAUAGCCUCUGCCACAGGACCGCCUGAGCCCUGGGGGCCGAAAUUCAAUUUCAUUCCGCCAAAUCGCCUGACAGCAGUAGCCACCAAAGGAGGCCCAGCGAAAGCCGCCGCCGGCCCGGACGCCCGAGAAGGCGGGCUGUCCCCGCCCCUUCCGCCCCGCGCACGCGCUGUCCCCACUGAGCGGCGGCGUGUUAUUCAGCUUCUAAAAGCUGGAAAAGCUAAGGAAGUCUCCUACAAUGCACUAGCCUCACACAUCAUUUCAGAAGAUGGAGAUAAUCCAGAGGUUGGAGAAGCUCGGGAAGUCUUUGAUUUACCUGUUGUAAAGCCUUCUUGGGUGAUUUUAUCCGUUCAGUGUGGAGCUCUUCUGCCAGUAAAUGGUUUUUCUCCAGAAUCAUGUCAGAUAUUUUUUGGAGUCACUGCCUGCCUUUCUCAGGUGUCAUCUGAAGACCGAAGUGCUCUGUGGGCUUUGGUUACAUUCUAUGGGGGGGAUUGCCAGCUGAACCUCAAUAAGAAGUGCACACAUUUGAUUGUUCCAGAACCAAAGGGGGAAAAAUAUGAAUGUGCUUUUAAGCGAGCAAGUAUUAAAAUUGUGACUCCUGACUGGGUCCUGGAUUCCAUAGCUGAUAAAACUAAAAAAGAAGAAGCAUUUUAUCACCCUCGCCUAAUUAUUUAUGAAGAAGAAGAAGAGGAGGAGGAGGAGGUGGAAAAUGAGGAACAAGAUUCUCAAAAUGAGGGUAGCACAGAUGAAAAAUCAAGCCCUGCCAGUUCUCAAGAAGGAUCACCUUCAGGCGACCAACAGUUUUCACCCAAAUCAAGCACUGAAAAAUCUAAAGGGGAAUUAAUGUUUGAUGAUUCCUCAGAUUCAUCACCUGAAAAACAAGAGAGAAAUUUAAACUGGACCCCAGCUGAAGUCCCACAGUUAGCUGCAGCAAAACGCAGACUACCUCAGGGUAAAGAGUCUGGAUUAAUUAAUUUAUGUGUCAAUGUACCUCCGGUCCCAGGUAACAUUUUGCCUCCUGAUGUCCGGGGUAAUUUCAUGUCUUCAGGACAAACUCUCCAAAGCUCUGAAAGAUCAGAAAUGAUAGCUUCUUGGAGUCCAGCUGUGCGGACAUUGAGAAAUAUUACUAAUAAUGCUGACAUUCAGCAGAUUAACCGACCAUCAAAUGUAGCACAUAUCUUGCAGUCUCUUUCAGCACCUACAAAAAAUUUAGAACAGCAGGUGAAUCAUAGCCAACCGGGACAUGGAAAUGCAAAUGCAGUGCUGUUUAGUCAAGUGAAAGUAACUCCAGAGACACAUAUGCUACAACAGCAACAUCAGACCCAGCAGCAGCAGCAGCAGCAGCAGCAGCAGCAGCAGCAGCAGCAGCAGCACCACCCGGUUUUACACCUUCAACCCCAGCAGCUUGUGCAGCUCCAGCAACAACAACAGCAACAGAUUUCUCAACAACCUUACCCCCAACAACAGUCACAUCCGUUUUCACAGCAGCAGCAAAUCCAUCAGCAUCAGUUUACACAGCAACAGCUACAGUUUCCACAGCAACAGUUGCAUCCUCAACAGCAGCUGCAUCGCCCUCAGCAACAGCUACAGUCAUUCCAGCAACAGCAUGUCCUGCAGCAACAGUUACAUAAGCUGCAGCAACAGCAACUGCAACAGCAACAGUUAGCACAGUUACAGCAGCAACAAAUUCAGCAUCAGUUACAGCAGCAGCAGUUACAACGCCUUCACCAACAACAUCAGCAACAGCAAAUGCAAACUCAAACAGCACAACACUUGAGUCAGACACCCCAGACACUACAGCAUCAGGUUCCAUCCCAACAACCGCAGCAGCAGCAGCAGCCCCAGCAGCCCCAGCAUCAUCAGCUUUUUGGACAUGAUCCAGCAAUGGAGAUACCAGAAGAAGGUUUCUUAUUGGGAUGUGUAUUUGCAAUUGCGGAUUAUCCAGAGCAGAUGUCUGAUAAACAGCUGCUGGCCACCUGGAAAAGGAUCAUUCAAGCACACGGGGGCACUGUGGAUCCCACGUUCAAUAGUCGAUGUACACACCUUCUUUGUGAAAGUCAAGUCAGUGGUAUGUAUGCACAGGCAAUAAGAGAAAGGAAGAGAUGUAUUACUGCACAUUGGUUAAAUGCAGUCUUUAAAAAGAAGAAAAUGGUACCACCUCAUCGAGCUCUUCAUUUUCCAGUGGCAUUCCCACCAGGAGGAAAGCCAUGCUCACAGCAUAUUAUUUCCGUGACUGGAUUUGUUGACAGUGACAGAGAUGACCUAAAGUUAAUGGCUUACCUGGCAGGUGCUAAAUACACAGGUUAUCUAUGCCGCAGCAACACGGUCCUCAUUUGUAAAGAACCAACUGGAUUAAAAUAUGAAAAAGCCAAAGAGUGGAGGAUACCAUGUGUGAAUGCCCAGUGGCUUGGUGACAUUCUUCUUGGAAACUUUGAUGCACUAAGGCAGAUUCAAUAUAGUCGGUACUCAGCCUUUACUCUACAGGAUCCAUUUGCCCCCACUCCACAUUUAGUUUUAAAUCUUCUAGAUGCUUGGAGAGCUCCAUUAAAAGUGUCAGCAGAGUUGUUGAUGGGUGUAAGAUUACCUCCCAAACUGAAACAGAAUGAAGUAGCUAAUAUCCAGCCUUCUUCCAAAAGAGCCAGACUUGAAGAUAUACCACCUCCCACUAAAAAGUUAACACCAGAAUUGACCCCUUUUGUGCUUUUCACUGGAUUUGAGCCUUAUCAAGUUCAACAGUAUAUUAAGAAGCUCUAUAUUCUUGGCGGUGAGGUUGCUGAGUCUGUGCAGAAAUGCACACAUCUUAUUGCCAGCAAAGUGACUCGCACUGUGAAGUUCUUGACAGCAAUUUCUGUGGUAAAGCACAUAGUGACUCCAGAGUGGUUAGAAGAAUGUUUUAAAUGUCAAAAAUUCAUUGAUGAGCAGAACUAUGUUCUCCGAGAUGCUGAGGCUGAAGUACUUUUCUCUUUCAGUUUAGAAGAGUCGUUAAAAAGGGCACACGUUUCUCCACUCUUUAAGGGAAAGUAUUUUUAUAUCACACCUGGGAUCUGCCCAAGUCUUUCAACUAUGAAAGCUAUAGUGGAAUGUGCAGGAGGAAAGGUAUUAUCUAAACAGCCAUCUUUCCGGAAACUCAUGGAGCAUAAGCAAAAUAAGAGUUUGUCAGAAAUAAUUUUAAUAUCCUGUGAAAAUGACCUUCACUUAUGUCGAGAAUAUUUUGCCAGAGGAAUAGAUGUUCAUAAUGCAGAGUUUGUUUUAACUGGAGUCCUUACACAAACACUGGACUAUGAA